AUGACGACCAGAAGUCAUCGUUCAUGGGGUGGAAAGGACUGCCAGGCAUGGCAACCACCUUAUAGAACUCAACUAAUGUUGUGGUAUUACAUCCUUGGAGUCUCUUGCAACAGGCAUCCUCGUCUCCCAUCAUGCCUUCCCAUCCUCCACCUUCCCCUCGCUCCAUGCAAGUCCCUCGCAGGGUUCACGCCUGCCUCCAUCACAGGUGCCCUGGUCGCCGUCAGGUUCUGGAGCCUCAUCACACCAUUCCGGAAUGGAGGGUGGGAUGUGACCUGGGCACUCAAAGGUGGUGGCAGGCAGGCAUGGUUGGCUCUAUUGGAUUGGUGGUGGGAGCACGAUGAGAGCUUGGAGACAGGUGCUGGUGGUGACAUGCUUAUUGACUAG